CUAUUUCUCUUCGUCCUCCCAGGACCGGUCCUUCCUCCGCCUCGCUUCCCGAGCCGAGCUGCGCGAGCGGAGAAGGCUGCUUGCUUGCUUGCUCAUCUGGCAAUUUGGCUUCCUCGCGACGCGUCCCUCUCGCUUCCGCGUCACGCCCACACGAUCUCCUCCCACCGACAACAGGGGCCGUACCAUCCGGAGCCCCACUCUGUCAUCGCCUACACUUGCCCUCCGGGCACAGACCCGGUCGCCACCUUCCCUCCGACUGGCGAGUGGGACCACGCUCGAUCCUGCUGCCUCCCUGGACGUUCCUCCUCGCCGCGCGUGCCGAGGUGGAGGAGGGGAGCUAGCUGCCGUUGCGUCCCAGCUACUGCAACUUUUAACUCCCGAAUCGAAGCACGGGUCGGUAAGAAGACGGGGAAGCUGAGUCACACGGCCCGACACUGGAGACGGAGAGGUGGAGUGGAGUGGCCAGAGGGGGAUCGAUGAGCAGCCUGGCCAUAGUGGAGAAGAAGCCGCCGUUGAACGGCGGCGGCUGCGUGGGCGGCGUGCUGUUCCAUCUCCUCGACUGGCACCGCCGCCUCGCCCGCAAACGCAGGCUCUUCUCCCCGCGUCGGCUCCUUCCGUCGUCCCUCCGCUCCUCUCCCCGCAGGCUCCCGUGCCCUCCUCCGGCCCCGCCGCCGCCUCCAGCACCGCACGCGGCCGCCGGCUCCGAUGGAGCCGCUCCUGGUGUGGUCGCGCGCCUCAUGGGCCUGGAGUCCUGGCCCAGCAGCGCUGGCGCCCCAGCCGCGGCGCCGAGGCCGCAGAAGCAGAGGAAGGUGGAUGCCUCGCACCCGGACGGCAACUCGGCUGUGGUGCUGGUGUUGCCUUCGAGCCGGCGUCCUACCGCGCCCGAAUUCGCCCUUGCGGCUGCGCCGCGGAGCCACCACGGGGCCGACCUGCCGGCGAAGAGCCCGAGGCGGACUCGGCUCGUGCACGCGGCGGCAGCAAAGCUACUGGAGCCAGGGGCGCGCGCGAGCUCGCGGGCAAGCGCCAGGCUGGCCCUCGCGUACGCCUGCUCUUCCCCGCAGCACCGCAAGGAUGGCCAUUCCGGCGCCUUGCUUCUAGGCUCGGGUACGGCCGAGGACUUCCUAUCUCGCUCUGAUAGCCUGUCGUUUGAGCAUUCCAAACUGGUACAGCCUCGUGUUCUUCCGGCGGAAACAGAAUGUGACAGCGCUGCUGUCUCGUGUAGGCAUGGGAAGCACUCCAUUGACAAUGUCGAUGUAGCGAUCAGUACUAGUACAGUAGUGUUGCCAAGAAUGGAUUUUGGUGAUGGAAACAUGACUAAAUGCAGCUCUGAUAUGGAUGCCAAGCACAAGGAGAAUAGAGUAAGGACUGAGGUAAUGCGCUCCUGUGCCAGGGUUAGAUCGAGCGGUGCUGCCGUUCAAACUGGAGAUGAGAGGUUGUUGCGCAAACGAGCAACACCUACUUGGUCAAAGGCUUCUGCGGUUGUUGAGUCUGGGGGCUUUGCUGGUUUGGCGCGCCCAGUUGGGUGUGCUCGUGAAUUGGCAUCUGCUGGUAGGAGGGUUGCACACAGUGGUUCUGGUCCAAGAAGAGAGUUCAUGCGUUCUAUCACCGGACAAGGGAGCACCCCCUGCAGAGAUGUGAUUAACCGAAGUGGAUUGGCAUCAGCUAGCAGGACUUCAAGCAAUGAAUCCGGGCCAAAAAGAGGAUCGCGGAAGAAGAUGGGGCGUGAUACAGGAGCCAAUAACAGAGAGGAUAGAAAUGCAGUUGCAUUUGCUUCUAGAUCAUCAGUGAAGCCAGUGGCCAGAGCUUCAUUGCGCAGCAGUGUGCCAAAGAGUGGGUGCCUAGGUAGACGAGCAUCUGAUACAACUUGUGCACAAAUGCCGGCUGUAGAUCCAAAAUGUAUGGAAGCCUCAGCUUCUGUUAUGGUGACCUCUGAGAAAGAUGAAUUUAGUAGACUGUUGAAAGCAAAAAUUAAUGAGCUUGGCAUGUCUGAUAGGAUUGAGUUUACAUCAAGUGACGCACCUUCAGGAAAAUUGACUGCACCAGUGCUGCAAGAGCUCAUUUCUGCCCUUACUAAUGGCAUGAACACUACAACAUCCCAAAGUAGCAACUACUCUGAUGCAUCAGCACCCUUAAGUAGCAAUGGAAAUAUUGGCUGCAUUGAUCGAUCAGGUUAUGCAUUCUCCAAUGACCGAUCACCUGAUUUUCAGAAGUGUGAUCAGGGUGAGCAAGAUAUUGAUUCUUCUGCGACAUCUAUGAACAAUGAGCCCAAUCAGCCGAGUCCAACAUCAGUCCUCGAAGCAUACUUCUCAAAUGAUACUUCUUCUUCGGGAAGUCCGGUUGAAAAGAAUGAAGGUGAAGACUUAUUUGUGUCAAUUGAGAACAAGAUGGAAGAUCUCUUUAAUUUGGAGUCUGACAUUGUAGAUUUAACAAUGUCAAUUGACACAAGGAAAACUGGUGCUGAAGAAAUACUUCAUGGCAAUGGCAAAUUACCACGUGUACAAAAAAAUUUUGCACGUGAUUUCAAAUUCUUAGAAUCCAGGCUCCACAGCAUUGGAGAAGCAAUUUCAAGUGCUGAACUGCUUUUGGGAAGUAGCCUUCAUAGCAUAACAUCCGGUCUUGCACUCCAUCCUUUUAUCAUUGAAACGCUGGAAAAUACUGUGGAUAUGUUUGGUGGAGAAGAUAGCUCAGAUCUUACUGAAGAUAAGAAGUAUCAACGUACCAACUUCCUAUUUGACUGCAUUGUAGAGUCAUUGGAUUCAAAAUUCUGCAAUUUCGGCAAAUGCGGAUACAAGGAUUGGCUGAAAUUGCCUCUCAGUUUGAGCAAAGAUCUGUUGAAGCGCCAGGUACUGGAAGAUAUCAGCAAUUGGAGGGGAUCAAGUGCGACCGCUCUUAGUCAAGUGUCUGACAAAGAAGUGGACCAAGUGACUGCCAGGUGGGAUGCAAGUCAGGUUGAGGCCUUCAAUAUUAGCAUCGCAAUUGAGAAUGACAUACUUGAGGUGCUUGUUGGCGAGUUUGCGUUCGACCUAUGGUGAAAUGGCCUGUUGGCUGGUUUAUGUGUGAUAUUGAGUAUCGACAUCUUUGGACUUCUGCUCACAUGAUCAUGUAUAAAUAAGAUACUGCAGAUAUGUUUGUAUUUCUCUGCAGUAAAUUCUGUACAGAGUCAUGUAAGAUUGAAGGGCCCCCGGUUCUUUUUUUCCCUUUUGUAUGUUCUAAUGGAAACUUGCUAAAGCUUAAAAGUAUUGCCUAUGUUUACUCUUUGUGA